AUGUCCGAGGAUGAUGUGCGGAGACAAUCCUUGGCCAUUCCCGACAAAGACGGGAUCAAAGAGUUUGACCGUAACACCACCCCCGCCGAGUACCUCACCCUCGUCCCCUCCAACCCCGACGAGUACGAGAAGCUCGGCUCCUACGCCCUAAUCGGCCUCCCCUCCACAUACGAAUCCCGAUUCGUCGAGCCCGGGGCCACCAAAACCAAGUACUCGAUCGUGAUCGGCGGCGAUAACUUCGGCUGCGGCUCGUCCCGCGAGCACGCUCCCGUGGCGCUGGGGGCGGCCGGCGUGGCGGCGGUGGUGGCGGAGUCGUAUGCGAGGAUUUUCUUUAGGAAUUCGGUUGCUACUGGGGAGAUUUAUCCGCUGGAAUCGGAGGGGAGGUUGUGCGAGGAGUGUACGACUGGGGAUGUGGUGACGAUUGAGCUUGGGGAGAGUAAGCUGAUCAAUCAUACUACGGGGAAAGAGUAUAAGCUGAAGCCGAUUGGGGAUGCUGGCCCUGUCAUCGAGGCCGGUGGGAUCUUUGCUUAUGCUAGGAAAGCUGGAAUGAUCCCUUCCCGCGAUGCCUGAUUCCUCGGUAUCUUCACAUCCUGACACCGUACGCCACCAUGCAUCUCCAUCAGUCUUGAGAAGUGACAUUGUGAUUUCUAAAUAGAUUCAUGUGUGCUUGUAGUGUGAUAGAAUGAUGCUUCUUUAUCCUACAUUAGUUUUAGUGAUUCAAGUUGGAACCUUAUUAGCUGUGCUGUGUUAAGACUUGAGAUCAAAUUAUUGUAAGGCUGUUUUGCUGCAUUUAAACUGAUCUAAAUAAAUGUGAACAAAUGUUUUGUGAUGCAAAA